AUGCAUUCCAAGACGCUCGUUAACCUACUCUUCGUCGCGGCGGCCUCGGCCUCGAACAAGCGGUCACUCGACGUAUCGCUCGCAUGCCAAGACCCGUCUCCGCAUUGUCUCGCCCUCUCCGAACGCGAGAUCGACGAGUGCCGCCAACUUAUCUCGAAACGACACAUCGAGAUUGCCACUUGCCAAGUCUCCGCCGACACAGUCGCGUCAACCCUCACCGUCUACCCCACAAACAUCGAAACGGUCACGGUUCUCGGAGCCGCCGCGACGGAGACGGUCACCGAGACCACGGUCACGACCGACGAAGCAACAACCCCGUUGACCGUCACCAUCACCACGACCCUGACCGAAGUCGAAACCACCAACGUUUCCGACAUUAGCACCACGACUGAGGUGAAGGCCAUCACCAACACUGUCGUCGAGGGAACCGACACUGUGACCAACACCGUGGUCAGCAACGUCGUCGUGACAUCCACAGUCCCCUGGGUGCGCACCACCUGCGCCGCGCCUGGAAAGAAGAAGCGCGCCAUCACUUUCGGCGCUUGCAAGGGGACCCUGCCCGGCACGUGCUCAUGCCUCCUCACUGCCACCGAGACACCGGAGCCCGUUUCGGCCGUCGUCACUGAGACCGAGCUAGCUGCCGCGGUCACAGUGACCGUGACCGACGGAAAUGAGCCAGUUAGCACGGAAACCGUGACCGUAACCGUCAACACCGACGGCGAAGCCCUACCCACCCCGUCAGCCACAGAAGUUGUCACCGUCACCGAAACACACACCGAUGUCACGUCCAUCGCCGUCACCGUGGAGCAGAUCGAGACCGCCGUCGCAACCGUGAGGGAGCAGGCGACCAUCGUCGUGCUCUCCGCCAGCGUCUCCACCGUCACUGUCAGCCAAGGCCCCUGCGAUAACUUCCAGUCCCUGAUGCUCCCGGGCGGCCAGUCCUACGUAGGCACUGGCCUCGCAUUCCCCGCGGCGAUGAUCGGCGUCGCUGCCGGCGAGGCCGGACAGAAGGCCUGUUGCGAGCACUGCUUCAACAACCCCGGCUGCGUCGUUUUCCGCCUCGCCGGCCAGUCGUGCAACCUCUUCCAGGGGUUCACCAACCCCUCGGCGCCCUGCACAACGGAGCAGUGCCCCAAUGGAUUCCCCAUGCUACCCAUCAGCCCCUCGGACGGUUGGACCUAUUUUGCCGGGCAAUGCUUGGGAUACUCAGGGUCUUUUUAA